AUGUUUCAUUUUUAUAUUUGUAUUCUUUCAGUUUCUGAAGAAACAAAUACUCGAUUACUACGUUCCCUUGUCUGUAUAAUGGUUAUCUCCAUUGGCGGUUAUAUUAUAAAUCUUUCAGUAUAUCAAGCGUUCUUCAAACUUAUCGAAGAACAAAUAUUUAGUCAAAUUCUUCUCUGGCAACUUAGCUUUAUCCCCGGAAUUUUAUUAAAUCUUGGGGCUGCUUCAAAUGCUUUAAUUCUUUAUUUUACCAGUUCUGAAUACAGAAAAACGUUUAAACACCAUUUGAAAAACGUGGCCAAAGCUUGCGGGUUAAAGGGCACAAAUACAGUGACUAUGAUGGGCCCUAUGCUUCAUACAAGUACCUAUAAGAACAGCAAGAAUGGAAAUAAUUAUUAA